CAGAGGCUGCCUCGCAGAACAAAUGAUUCAUUCUCUGCGUCAGCGUUUUUCUCAUCAUCCCGAUCGCCUGGCCUCCCCCCAGAAUCUCUCGCCACCCUCUCUCUCUCUUGCCUAAUUCCCUUUCCCCCCACCUCCUCCCUUCCGACUUCUUUAUAUCAGACUGUUACCGUGUAUAAUUUUUUAUUCGUCUUUUGCCGAUAUGGGGUCAGCCAUCGGCAGCUCUGUCGACCCAGUAUUGAGUAGGCGGUGUCCGUGACAUUAGAGAAAUGGGCUCUGCCCGUCUGGCUUAGAUUCGAUUAAAUUUAUACUGCUGUACUUCGUCAAACCAAGAAGAUAAGUUUUACUAUUCUAUUCUUGUCGAGCUUUCGUGCGUUGAACGUUCUCGGGUUUAUUAAAUUGCCAGAUUUCAAGCCUGGUUUUCUUCUUUUUCUCGGUCUUCAACUGCCCAAUUACCCAAGUCCAAAUGUCAAUCUGCUCACCGACCGAAUCUCGGUUCUCUCCUUCGCUGUGAGCUUUCGCAAAGUAGUCAUCUUUCUCAUCCUUUGAUCGGAAAAAAAGGAAAAAGUGUUUUUCCGGAUACCCUUUUCAUAAACGGCGAGAUUACUGUUAGGCCGAGAGUCACAGGUGGAAGAAAACUUUUGGUAUUUAAUUUCGAUGGUUGGGAUAUUAUAAGGGUCGAUAUCAUUCUCCAAGGAUGGUACUUCCUCAAAGUCAUAAUCUUGCGGUGGCAUGUAAGUGUCUGCUCUUUCUUCCCGCUUCCAGAUUUGAUCACUACCGCCCCCACCACCGUCGCCGUCUUCCUCAACCUCUGAAUCUCCAAUCUGGUGUCGGAAAGUCCGUGAUGGCCUCUUACGGAUCGGACGACUCAGUGGGAUCAUAUACAUGUUCGUCGAACAGGAGCUUGACGACGUCGCAUCACUUGCGCCAUGUGGAUUCAUUGGCCACUCUGCCCUCGGGGGCUGGUAGGAUCUCGCACUUGAAUGCUGUGAUCCUCGGUGAAGCUCUUGCCUCUGAAGAGAAUGAUCUCGUCUUCCCCAGUGAUGAAUUUUGCAAACAGGCUCUUGUUCCAUCUCCGCAAAAGUACUUGGAGAUGUACAAAAGGUCUAUUGAGGACCCAGCCGGCUUUUGGUCUGAUAUUGCAUCUGAAUUCUUCUGGAAAAAGAAGUGGGGUGAGCAAGUAUACUAUGAGAAUCUCGAUGUGCGGAAGGGCGAAGUCAAGAUCGAGUGGUUCAAAGGUGGUAUCACCAACAUUUGCUACAAUUGCUUGGAUAGAAACAUGGAAGCUGGACUUGGAGACAAGAUUGCCAUCUACUGGGAAGGGAAUGAGCCCGGUUAUGAUGGCACCUUGACCUACUCAGAGCUGCUUAAAAAAGUUUGCCAGCUUGCGAAUUACUUGAAAGACAUCGGUGUUAAGAAGGGUGAUGCGGUGGUCAUUUAUCUUCCCAUGUUAAUGGAACUGCCAAUAGCCAUGCUUGCCUGCGCGCGUAUUGGUGCUGUACACUCGGUUGUGUUUGCUGGAUUUUCUGCAGAGUCUCUUUCCCAAAGAAUUGUGGAUUGCAAACCGAAGGUUGUACUUACUUGCAAUGCAGUUAAAAGAGGUUCAAAGGUCAUAAAUCUGAAAGAGAUAGUUGAUGCUGCCCUUGUUGAAUCAUCUGGCAAUGGAGUUUCUGUAGGUGUAUGCUUAACGUACGAAAACGAAUCAGCCAUGAAGAGAGAGAGCACCAAAUGGAAGGAAGGGAGAGAUAUAUGGUGGCAGGACGUUGUUCCUAAAUAUCCACCAACAUGUGAAGUAGAGUGGGUUGAUGCAGAGGAUCCACUUUUUCUCCUCUACACCAGCGGUAGCACUGGAAAACCAAAGGGUGUUCUCCAUACAACUGGAGGAUAUAUGUUAUACACUGCCACGACAUUCAAGUAUGCGUUUGACUAUAAACCAACCGACAUCUACUGGUGCACUGCUGACUGUGGCUGGAUUACUGGGCAUAGCUACGUUACCUAUGGACCUUUGCUCAAUGGAGCAUCUGUUGUAGUUUUUGAAGGGGCACCAAGUUAUCCUGACUCCGGACGCUGUUGGGAUAUUGUUGACAAAUUCAAGGUGACAAUUUUCUAUACUGCCCCUACGUUGGUGAGAUCGCUCAUGCGUGAUGGUGAUGAGUAUGUUACCAAGUAUUCACGCAAAUCCUUGCGGGUCCUAGGAAGUGUUGGCGAGCCUAUCAAUCCAAGUGCAUGGAGGUGGUUUUUCAAUGUAGUUGGGGAUUCAAGGUGCCCUAUAUCUGAUACGUGGUGGCAAACUGAAACUGGCGGCUUCAUGAUCACACCAUUACCUGGUGCCUGGCCACAGAAACCUGGUUCUGCUACUUUUCCUUUCUUUGGGGUUCAGCCUGUCAUAGUGGAUGAGAAGGGGGUUGAAAUUGAAGGCGAGUGUAGUGGAUACCUGUGCAUUAAAAGUUCAUGGCCUGGGGCAUUUCGUACACUUUAUGGUGAUCAUGAGCGAUACGAAACCACAUACUUUAAGCCAUUCCCAGGAUACUAUUUUACUGGUGAUGGCUGCAGCAGGGACAACGAUGGUUACCACUGGCUGACUGGUAGAGUUGAUGAUGUCAUCAAUGUCAGCGGACACCGGAUCGGUACAGCAGAAGUUGAAUCUGCUCUUGUCUCGCAUCCCAAAUGUGCGGAAGCUGCAGUUGUUGGUUUUGAGCAUGAGGUUAAAGGACAAGGCAUUUAUGCCUUUGUCACUCUGGUGGAAGGUGAACCUUACAGCGAAGAACUGAGAAAAAGCCUCAUACUCAUCGUCAGGAAACAGAUAGGAGCAUUUGCGGCACCCGACAAAGUUCACUGGGCGCCCAGCCUACCGAAAACCCGCAGUGGAAAGAUAAUGAGGAGAAUCCUGAGGAAGAUCGCAUCGAGGCAAUUAGACGAGCUUGGAGACACCAGCACACUGGCAGAUCCAUCCGUUGUUGAUCAGCUGAUCUCGCUUGCUGAUGCCUGAAGCGCCAAAGUUUGUAACUUUUGUAUCUUGUGAGCUCUUCAUCAGGAUUUUCGGCCUCAUGUCUCUCAUCGUCGCCGGAUUUUUUGAGCUUGGAAGUACCAAGAUAGUGAUUAUUCCGAGUCAGCUAUUUCUGUAGCACUUCGCAGAAACCUGUUGGCAUCUGAUCUUGGUCGAAAGAAUAAUGGGAAAUAGGUUCUCCUCCUCUGGAAGUGCUUCUAAAAUUAACGAUGUGAAAAAAAUUACUUGUU